GCAGGAUUUCGUCUAGUAGGGCUGUUGGGGUUGAUGGCGGCAUGCACUGAUAGCUUCCUCCUCCCUUGCAGGAACAGCUUACCUCGGAUCUACCAUACUGAAGCAGGUGCAAGCAGAGCAGUGGCGAAGAGCUGUAUCAUGAAGCAGGAAGUGCCGGUGACUUACAAGGGGCCGCUCCCCCGAGGAAAGAAGGCCGUCAUCUUCGACAUCGAUGGAACUCUCUGCGACUCCUUCAAGCUUGCGUUCUCGGCGACCAACCAAGUCUUGACGAACAACAACUAUCAGCCCAUAGACGAGGAGCAGUACCACUACGGCAGCAGGUUCACCACCCCUGAGAGGCUGGCAACGCACGUGGGCCUGUCACCCAUAGACGGAGAGAAGUUCAAGGAGGUCGGAUCCCUCCUUGGGCGCGAGUUCGAUCAGCUGUACAUCGGGCUGGUAGACGAGACGACGGCAGGGUUCUAUCCGGGAGUGCAUGAGCUAGUCGCCUCAAUCCCUGCGCACGUCAAGAUAGGAGCACUGACCAAUGCUGCAUGCGAGUAUGCAGAGGCUGUGCUGAGAGCGAACGGGGUAAGGGAGAGAUUCGAAGUCGUCCAUGGAGCCGACGACGUUCCUGCGCCGAAGCCCAAGCCCGACGGUCUCCUCCUAUGCUGCCAUGAGCUCGGGGUGGAACCUGGGGACGCCGUCUACAUCGGCGACUCUCCAUCAGAUGGGCGAGCAGCACGAUCUGCAGGGUGCAGCUCCAUAGCAGUCACAUGGGGGGCAAACAAGGCUUCUUCUUUGAUCGCAUCCUUCGAUACCCUUGUGAUCCUCCCGCUGUCUAUGUGCUGCUGUUGA